CUCCCUGGCGGCUUUCUCGAGACCCUCACACAGCGCCCCGCCCCGCCCCAGUACAUUUCCUUUCAGGGAAAGGGACAGGGAAGAGGCUGCCGGGAAAUGGCGGCCGCGGCCGGGCUGGGGCUUCAGCGGGAGGCAGCAGAGGGGAAGUGGCCAGCGUGGCGAAUGACGGAAGGUGGCGAGGGAGAGGAAGAGGGGUCGGGUGUCCGCGGAGCUCCAAGAGGGAAGACAAUCGCUUUGCCAAACACCGCAGGGCAUCUGGAAAGGCCUGGGAACCUCACCCGCCCUCCCAGGCCCUUCGGGCUCUUUUCGGUCCCACUGGGAGGAGCGGGAGGGCGGCAGGUGGGACCGGGUACAGGCCUAGGCGUGCGACAGGAGAAGGGAAGGAAGGGCCGGCCCCAGCUCGGUCCUCCUUGCGUCUGGCCUGUGCUGGGCGCCCCGGCUCCGAGUGAUCUCGGGCUGGUCCCCGGGGGAGUCCAGCUUCUCGCGCCAGGGGCGUUCUCAGCCCCAUGGCAGUCCAGGGAGUAGGCGGAAGGAGGCACGCAGCCACCUGGCCGGGGCAAGGGGAGCUGCGAGGAGCCAUUUUUUUUUUUCCUACGCAGACCCCCUUACUUGACACACCAAACUCGCAUUGCCUACUGGAUCAAGGACAGACAGCUCACCAACCAUGACAGCACCAUACUGGAACUUCAAAAAGUUCUGAAAACAUGUUGUAGUUCGGUGUGGCACUGUUUGCGGCGACAAGAAAGGAAGGAGAGGAGAAAACUGCACUGGAUCAAGGAGGUCUUCCCAUAGGCCUGCAGUAGGGCUGUUUACCAUUGGAAGCAAGGGAAAGAGGAGGAGACCAGUCUAGAAGCAUGGAGAUCUGCCUGCAUGUCUGCUGCAGGGCUUAAGAUCACUGGAAGCAAAGAAACAAAGAGGAGAUUGCUCCUGAUCAGUAUAGACUGGUCCAGAGAUCUCAUGAAUUUAUAUAUCUACUUUAGGGUGUAUUGCCAAGAGAAGCAAGAGGAGAGGAAGGAACUGUCUCGGAUCAUUACAGGUCCACCUCCGGAGGCAGCUGUAGUGGCCUUUGAGUGGCUGAAGACCAGCACCCUCACAGGCCUACACCCACAACUACCACUCUCUUUACCCCAGCCCGAGUGUGCUCUACCAUACCUUGUUCGUGCUUUCAGCAGGGGUGAUUACAUGGGCCGCAUUCAGGAAGUGGGCUGGGUGACUGCAGGACUGGUGAUCUGGGCUGGCACCUGCUACUACAUUUACAAAUUUACCAAGGGAAGAGCCCAGAGUGUGAGGACACUUGCCAGAAAUGGAUCCACAGUUAAGAUGGAGACUGUGGUUGGGGUACAGAGCCAGACCUUGGCCAUAAGUGAAGCAGAGAUUAAGACUAAACCCCAAGCCAAGAUUGGAGCAGAAAUUGGAGCAAGAAGUGGGCCUGGGGCUGAAGUAGAGACCAAGGCCACUGCUAUAGCCAUACACAGAGCCAACUCUCAGGCCAAGGCAAUGGUUGGGGCAGAGCCAGAGAUUCAAUCUGAGUCCAAAGUGGUGGCUGGAACACUGGUCAUGACAGAGGCAGUGACUCUGACUGAGGUCAAGGCCAAAGCCAGGGAAGUGGCCAUGAAAGAAGCAGUGACCCAAACUGAUGCUGAGGCUGGCAAAAUAGUUAAGAAAGAAGCAGUGACGCAGACCAAGGCUAAAGCUUGGGCAGUGGUUGCCAAGACAGAGGCCAAGAGAGAAGCAAUGACCCAGACCAAAGCUGAAACUCAUAUAUUGGCUGAAAAAGAGACAGAGAUUAACAGAGUAAUGGUUACACAGAGUGAGACCUUGGCAGUACCCAGGGAAGUGGCCAAGAUGGGGGCCACGAACAAGACUGGAAUUGUGGAUGAAACCAAGACAAGAGCUCUGGAAGAGACUGUGAGUGUGGCUAAGACUCAGUCUGAGGCCAGGCCUGGUGCCACAGUUGAUGCUAGGGGAAAUCCCAAUGGCAUGUCCAGGGAGGUGGCUGGAGUGGACAUGAAGUCCUGUGCACAGUCUCAGGCUGUGGCCAAGAUCCAGGGUGAUGACAUGCCUGGUACUGGGGUUGAGGACAUGGGGAAUUGUAAAACCAUGUCUAGGGCAGAGUCUGGGGCAGACGCGAGGGCUUAUGCUCAGCCUCAAAUUGUUGCCAAAACCCAGACCGAGGCCAUUCCUGGGGCAAAGGUUGAUGCCGGGGGUAACACCAAUGCCAUGUGUAGGGUGGGGACAGGGGCAGAUGUGAGAGCUUGUAUACAACCUCAGACUGUGGCCAAGAAACAGGCUGAGGUGACGUCUGGUGCCAGGGUUGAUGGUAGGGGAAAUACCAAUGUCAUAUCUAAGGCAAUAACUGGAGCUGACAUGAGAGCUGCUGCUCAGCCUCAAGCUGUUGCCAGUACUCAUGCUGAGGCCAUGUCUGAUGCCAAGGUUAAGAACAGAGGCAAUCCCAAUGCCAUGACUAAAGCAGGGGCCAGGGCAAACUUGAGGGCCAAUUCCCAGGUUGAGGCCUUGCCUGAUGCCAGGGAUAAGAGCAGAGGCAAUCCCAAUGUUAUGGCUAAGGUGGGGGAUGGGACAGACAUGUUGUCCUGUACACAGCCUCAGCUUGUGGCCAGUGUUCAGGCUGAUACCUUGUCUGAUGGCAGAAUUAAGGUCAAGGGCAAUGUCAAUACCAUGCCUAAGGAAGGAGCUGGGGUAGAUAUGAAGGCUCAAGGUAUGGCCCAGAGCCAGGGUGAAGCCUUACCUAAUACUAGAGGUAAGGCUAGGGGCAAAGCCAAAGCCAAGUGUAAGACAGGGGCUGGGAUGGACAUGAAAACCUGUACACAACCUCAGGCUGGGGUCAAGACCCCAGCUGAGGCCUUGCUUGAUUCCAGGGUUGAUAGUAGGGGCAAUCCUAAUGCCACUUCUAAAGCCGGGACUAAGGCAGAUCAGAGGGCCUGUGGUCAGCCCCUGGUUGUGGCCAAUCCCCAGGGUGAGGUCUUGCCUGGUGCCAAGAAUAAAGUCAAGGGCAAUCCCCAUGCUGUGCUUAAGGUGGGGGCUGGAGAAGGUACAACAGACUCUGCCCAGCCUGAGGCAGUGGUCAGUUUCCAGGGUGAGGCCUUGCUUGGUACCAAGAAUAAAGUUAAGGGUAAUCCCAAUGUUGUGCUUAAGGCAGAAGUUGGGGCAGGUGCAGUGGGCACUGCCCAGCUUCAGAUUGUGGCCAGUUCCAAGGGUGAGGCCUUGCUUGAUUCUAAGAAUAAGGUCAAAGGUAAUUCCAAUGCUGUGUCUAAGGCAGGGGCUGGGACAGAUACAACAGGCUCUGUCCAGCCCCAGAUUGUGGCCAAUUCCCAGGGUGAGGUCUUGCCUGGUGCCAAGAAUAAGGUCAGAGGCAAUCCCACUACUGUGUCUAAUUCAGGGGUUGGGCCAUAUACAACAGACUCUGCCCAGCCCCAGGCUGUGGCCAAUUCUCAGGGUGAGGUCUUGCCUGGUGCCAAAAAUAAGGUCAAGGCCAAUCUUAAUGUUCUGUCUAAGGCAGAAGCUGGGAUGGGUGCAACAGGCUCUGUCCAGCCCCAGGCUGUGGCUAAUUCCCAUUGUGAGACCUUGCCUGGUGCCAAGAAUAAGGUCAGGGGAAAUUGGAAUGCUGUGUCUAAGGCAGGGGCUGGGAUGGAUAUAAGGGGCUCUGCCCAGCCCCAGGCUGUGGCCAAUUCCCAGGGUGAAGUCUUGCCUGGUGCCAAGAAUAAGGUCAAGGGCAAUCCCAAUGUUGUGUCUAAGGCAGGGGCCAGAGAAGACACAAUGGGCUGUGCCCAGCCUCAGGUUGUGGCCAACUCCCAGCGUGAGACCUUGCCUGGUGCCAGGAAUAAGGUCAAGGGCAAUUCCAAUGCUAUUUCUAAGGCAGAGGCUGGGGCAGGCAUAAUGGGCUCUGUCCAGGUCCAGGUUGUGGCCAGUUCUCGGGGUGAGGUCUUGCCUGGGGCCAAAAAUAAGGUCAGGGGCAAUUCCAAUGCUGUGCCUAAGGCAGAGGCUGGGGCAGAUACAGUGGGCUCUGCCCAGCCCCAAGCUGUUGCUAAUUCCCAGAAUGAGACCUUGCUUGGUGCCAGGAAUAAGGUCAAGGGCAAUACCAAUGCUGUGCCUAAAGCAGGGACUGGGGCAGGUACAAGGCACUCUGCCCAGCCUCAGAUUGUGGCCGGUUCCCAGGGUGAGACCUUGCCUGGGGCAAGGGACAAGGCUAUGCCCAGUUCUGGGGCAGAAGCCACAGCAGAAGAUGAGGUCUAUGCAAAGCCUGAGACUGAGGCCAUGCCCACUUCUGAGAGUGAGGGUGGGUCAGGCACUCAAGCCUGCAGAAAGACUCAGCCUAACAUCCAUGACUACUACUGGAAUGGGAUUGGUGUUGAAGAUUGGAUUGCUGCUGAGCGGUGGAUCAAAUUUAGGUUUCAGACCAUGGAUGGAGACUGGGAAAAUAGCGUGUCCUGGGCUGAUGAUGAGAAUGAAGCCAGUAUUGGGUCUUGGAGUGGGGCUAGUGAUAAGGCUGGGAUUAUUCGGUCUUGGGCUGUGGCUUGUGAUGAGACCAGUGUUAAGUCCUGGGCUGGGGCCAGGGCUGAGAAUGUGGUUGGUAUUGGGACUUGGGCUAGAGCUGGGGAGCAGGCCAGUGGAGGGCUCUGGGCUGGGGGUCAGACUAGUGAGGGGACCUGGGCUGGGGACAAGGCCAGUGGAGGAGCCUGGACUGGGGCUGAGAACCAGGCCAGUGCGGGGUCUUGGGCUCUCACUGGGGAUCAGGCCAUUGGAGACCUUUGGGCUGCGGGUCAGGCCAGUGAUGGGUCCUGGCCUGGGGGACAGGCCAGUGGGGUGUCCUGGGUUGGGCAAGAGGCCAUUGGAGGGUCCUGGACUGGGGCUGAGAACCAAGCCAGUGGAGGAUCUUGGGCUGGAGCUGGGGCUGGGAAUAUGAGUAGUGUUUCAUACUGGGCUGGGGUUGUGGAUCAGGCCGGUGGAGGGUCCUGGGCUGGGACUAGUGAUCAAUCUGGUGGUGGGUCCAAGCCUAGAUUUGAGGAUCAAGCCAGUGGAGAAGGGUCCUGGGCUGGGGCUGGUGGCCAGGCUAGUGGAGGGUCAAUGUUGGGGCCUGAGGACCAGUCCAGUGGAAGGUCUUGGGCUGACACUGCAGACCAAGCCAGUGGAGGGUCUAGGCUGGGCCAUGUAGAUCAGUCCAGUGGUGGGGCCUGGGCUGGGACACUUGAUCAGUCUGGUGGUGGGUCCAAGCCUAGAUUUGAAAAUCAGACCACUGAAGAAGGGUCUUGGGCUGGGACUGGUGGCCAGGCUGGUGGAGGGUCCAAGGUGGGGCCUGAAGACCAGUCCAGUGGAAGGUCAUGGGCUAACUCUGGGGACCAAAUCAGUGGAGGAUUCUUAGUUGGGAUUGUGGACCAGGCCAAUGGAGGGUCCUGGACUGGGGCUGGGCAUCCGGCUAGUGUUGGGCCAAAGCCUAUAUUUGAGGAUCAGGCCAGUGGCAGAGGGUCCUGGGCUGAUGCCAGGGACCAGGUUGUUGGAGAUUCUAGGCUGGGGCUUAGGGACCAGUCUAAUGGAGAUUCCUGGGCUGGCACUGGGGACCAGGCCAGUGGAUGGUUCUGUGUUUGCCCUGGGAGUCAGACGAAUGGAGGGUCUUGGGGUGGGGCUAGUGGCCAGGAUGUUGGAGGGUCUAGGCCAGGGCCCACGAACCAGUCCAGUUCUGGGUCCUGGGAUAGCACUGGGAGUCAGGUCAGUGGAAGCUGCUGGACUGGGGCUGGGGCUGUGGAUCAGGCUGGUGGUUGUUCCAAACCUGGAUUUGAGGAUCAGGCCAUUGGAGGAGGGUUCUGGCCUGGUGCUGGGGACCAGACUGGUGGAGGCUCCAGGCCAGGGUCUGAGGAUCAGUCCAGUGGAAUAGGUUCCUGGGGUGUGGCUGGUGGCCAGGUCCUUGGGGGAGCUAGGCCGGGGCCUGCAGACCAGUCCAGUGGUGGGUCCUGGGCUGGCACUGGGAAUCAGUCCAGUGGAAGGUCCUGGAUUGGGCCUGGGGAUCAGGCUGGUGACUGUUCCAAGCCUGAAUUUGAGGAUCAGGCUUGUGGAGGAGGCUCCUGGGCUGGUGUUGGGAGCCAAGCCAGUGGAGAAUCCUGGGCUGGGUCUAGGCCUGGGAAUGAGGCCAUUGGAGGGUCUAGGAUGGGAUCUGAGGACCAGGCCACUGGAGGAUCCUGGGCUAGAUCUGAGGACCAGGCCAGUGGAAGGUUCCAGGUCAGUUUUGAGGUGGAGGCCAACGAAGGAUUCUGGUUUGGGCCUGGGGCUGAGGCCGUUAUAGGGUCUUGGUGCUGGACAGAGGAAAAAGCUGAUAUUGUGUCCAGGCCUGAUGAUAAAGAUGAGGCCACUACUACAUCCAGAUCAGGGGCUGGGGAAGAGGCCAUCAUUUGUUCUAGGAUUGAGGCUGAGAACAAGGCUAGUAGUGGCUCCUGGAUUAGAUCUGAGGAGGUGGCUUAUAUGGGCUCCUGUGUAGGGGCUGAGGCUGGGGCUGAGGCUGGGGCUGAGGCUGAGGCUGGGGCUAGGGCUGGGGCUGAGGCUGGGGCUGAGGCUGGGGCUGAGGCUGAGGCUGAGGCUGGGGCUGAGGCUGGGGCUAGGGCUGGGGCUGAGGCUGGGGCUGGGACUGAGGCUGGGGCUAGGGCUGGGGGUGAGGGUGGGGCUGGGGGUGAGGCUGGGGCUGAGGCUGAGGCUGGGGCUGAGGCUGGGGCUGGGACUGAGGCUGGAGCUAGGGCUGGGGCUGAGGCUAGGGCUGAGGCUGAGGCUGAGGCUGAGGCUGGGGCUAGGGCUGGGGCUGAGGCUGGGGCUGGGACUGGGGCUGGGCCUGAGGCUGGGGCUGGGACCGGGGCUGGGCCUGAGGCUGGGGCUGGGACUGAGGCUGGGGCUAGGGCUGGGGCUGAGGCUAGGGCUGGGGCUGAGACUGAGGCUAGGGCUGGGGCUGAGACUGAGGCUAGGGCUGGGGCUGGGGCUGAGGCUGAGGCUGGGGCUGAGGCUGAGGCUGAGGCUGAGGCUGAGGCUGGGGCUAGGGCUGAGGCUGAGGCUGGGGCUGGGGCUGAGGCUGGGGCUAGGGCUGAGGCUGAGGCUGGGGCUGGGGCUGAGGCUGGGGCUGGGGCUGGGGCUGGGGCUGGGGCUGGGGCUGAGGCUGGGGCUGGGGUUUGGUUCUGGGAUGGAGAUGCAACCACUGUAGAGUCUAGGCUUGGGGCUGGGGAAGAGGCUGGUGUAGAGUCCUGGACCUUGGCUAGGGAUUUGGGAGAGGAUGAGCUAAGUAGAGAGUCCAGCCCUGAUAUUGAGGAGAUCAGUUUAAGGUCUUUGUUUUGGGCUGAGAGUGAGAACAGUAAUACGUUCAGAUCUAAGAGUGGGAAAGAUGCCAAUUUUGAGUCUGGAGCUGGGGAUAACGCCAGCAUCAAGGAUAAGUUUGAGGCUGCUGGUGGAGUUGAUAUAGGGUCUUGGUUCUGUGCUGGUAAUGAAAACGCAAGUGAGGACAAAUCUGCACCUAAGGCUAAAGCCAAAAAGUCAUCUGAGUCAAGAGGCACAUAUCCGUCCAUGGUCCCUGGGGCAGGAAUGGGGUCAUGGGAUGGAGCCAUGAUCUGGUCGGAAACUAAGUUUGCACACCAAAGUGAGGCCAGCUUCCCAGUUGAAGAUGAGUCCAGAAAGCAAACCAGGACUGGGGAUAAAACUCGGCCCUGGUCUUGCCGCUGUAAACAUGAAGCUAAUAUGGAUCCACGAGAUCUUGAAAAACUCAUUUGCAUGAUUGAGAUGACUGAAGAUCCUUCUGUUCAUGAAAUAGCCAAUAAUGCUUUAUAUAACAGUGCUGAUUAUCCUUAUUCUCAUGAAGUUGUUCGUAAUGUAGGUGGAAUUUCAGUUAUCGAAAGCUUGCUGAAUAAUCCCUACCCCAGUGUUAGGCAGAAGGCUUUAAAUGCACUGAAUAAUAUCUCAGUGGCUGCUGAAAACCAUAGGAAGGUUAAAACUUACUUAAACCAAGUAUGUGAAGACACCGUCACCUAUCCCUUGAAUUCAAAUGUGCAGUUGGCUGGACUAAGGUUGAUAAGGCAUCUGACUAUUACCAGUGAAUAUCAGCAUAUGGUUACAAAUUAUAUUUCAGAAUUUCUUCGUUUGUUAACGGUGGGAAGUGGAGAAACUAAAGACCAUGUUUUGGGAAUGCUUUUGAAUUUCUCUAAAAAUCCAUCUAUGACAAAAGACUUGCUCAUUGCCAAUGCACCGACAUCACUGAUUAACAUUUUUAGCAAGAAAGAGACAAAGGAGAAUAUUCUUAAUGCUCUUUCACUAUUUGAAAAUAUAAAUUACCAUUUUAAAAGAAGAGCAAAAGCAUUUACCCAGGACAAAUUCAGUAAAAAUUCCCUUUAUUUCCUAUUCCAACGACCUAAAGCAUGUGCCAAGAAACUUCGAGCCUUAGCAGCAGAAUGCAAUGACCCUGAGGUGAAAGAGAGAGUUGAGCUAUUAAUAAGUAAACUCUGAUUGGCUGUAUAUUCCCAAACAAAUUUGAGUAAUAUUUUGGUUUUGCACUCUGGAGGUAAUGCACAUUGUAAAUUGCAUUAUAACUUUGAAACUGAUGUUACUUAUGAUGGUCUAUAGCUGGACCAUUUUAUGAACACCAAAUGAAUUCAAGCUUGUACGAAAAAUACAUGUGUUGAUUUUUAUCUUGUCUGGAUUGAGAUAUUUUUAGUAUGCUUCAUGAGCAGAAACUGAAUGGAUUCUUCAUAAGUAAGGUAAUCUUUGGUCCUUUGUGUGGACUUAUGUUUAUACAUUUAAGACUUUAUUUUUAUGUCAUCAAUAAAGUUGUGUGUUUUAAGCAGCAGAAAAAAGUCA